UUUUUUGCAGCAAACCGCCACUAUUACCUCAUAAUUGUUUCGCUUCUUCUUCAAUCCCUUAUUUUUACGAACUUAUUACGGCAUAGUUAAGUAGAAGCAUCAGAUCUGCCUCAAAAUAGCUUUGUAGGUCGUCCGCCGCGAUCCAGUGGCCCCUUUCCUUAAUGAAGGCCGGCUACCGCCGCUUGCCGCGGGUUCCUCCAAUCCGCGGUCGUCGGCUUUUUCCCAUACUUCUUGCCUUUUAGCCUCCUUACGGCUUCCGGUCGAUGAAUUUUGGUUAAAACGUAGCUGUAACAUUCUUCGAGUGACAUUCGUAAAUCCAAAAACUCACUGGGAUGGCUUCGAUUGAUUUGAUCCGAUUGUGCCUUGAUUCUAUUCGCCAGAUUACAGAUGACAUUGUAGACUCUAUCCUUUACCUUGAUGCUGGUUGUUUAGAGGCUUUCCAGUUCAUUGGUGCGUUUCCACUUUUCUUGGAACUUGGGGCCCGUGCUAUUUGCAGCCUGGAAAAUAUGUCCUCUCUAGACAUUACUGCACAUUGGAAUUCAAAUUUUAUUCCAGUAAAGAAGAUGGUAGUUAUUACAUCUCAUCUUCUUAGCGAUGCUCAUCGUUAUAUUUUGCGUUGCCUGUCCUCCCAUCAGACAAUUCUUCACUGUACUAUAUUUACGUCCAUCUCAGAGAUAGCCCACUCUGCGUAUGCUGAUUCACCCCUUGGCCCAGAUGCAUUUCAUGAAUAUGAGUCUUUGCUGGUCCAAGAUUAUGAAGAGAUACUGAUUAAGAGUAAGAGGAGUGAAAAGCAUUCACAUCUGAAUAAUGAAACAGAACAGGUAACGAGAGGAGAUCUUGAUACAUUGUCGUCUAAUGGUAAUGGUUCCUCACAAAUGGAUUCUAGAGUGGAUGAUGAUUUAAACGUGGAGUCUAUUUCUGGUGAAAUGGAUUUAUAUGAUGAUUCCAAGUCUACUGAAGUAAACAGUUCUACAAGAUUGCAGGUCAGUGUGCAUCAUUACCCAAUGUUACUGUGUCCGGUUUCAGCAAGAGUCUUUGUUUUUCCUUCAGAAGGGGCAGUUGCAGAAGCAUGCUUGUCAAACAACAAUGAAAGUUCUCUUAGCCCUGGUCUGCCCUCAAUUUGCACUGGGGUGGCCUCUGACGGUGAGGAUGUUCCUCCAGGAGCAACUCUGACGGCUCAUUUUUUAUAUAAUUUGGCUGCAAAGUUGGAUUUAAAGAUGGAAAUAUUUUCCCUUGGUGAUACAUCCAAAGUCAUUGGCAAGAUCUUGCAAGACAUGUCUAGUCUUUAUGAUGUUGGCCGCCGCAACCGCAGAUCAGCUGGUUUAUUGCUCGUAGACCGUACUCUUGAUCUUCUUACACCUUGCUGCCACGGAGACUCAUUUCUUGAUAGGAUGCUUUCCUCUUUGCUUCGCAGGGAUAGAGCUAUGUCAUAUUCCGCCAUGAAAAGCUCCAAUUCCUUGAACAAAAAUCUUCCUGCUAAUGUACAGCAUCCUACACUUGAUAUAAGAAUACCCUUUUCAAUGAUUCCAAGCAAUAAAGGCUCUAACACGAUUAGAACUAAGUUAGAAGGGAAUAUAAAAGCUUUCAUGUCAGGCUGGAACUCAGCAAAUGUUGAUUCUGAAGCUGUUGCUGAUCUAUCUGAUAAUGCAGACAAGCUUCAGAAUAAGAAGUCCGACAAUGAAUCAUACUCACUGAGCGGAUGCUUUUUUUCCAAUCAUACAGGAGAAAAUUACUUGGAAGCACUUCUUGAUAGAAAAACGAAAGAUGGAAUUCUUCUAGUAAAAAAGUGGCUUAUGGAAGCUUUGCAGCGUGAAAAAAUGCCUUUAAAAGGACUUACGGGUUCUACUACCCUUUCAGAGCUUCAUGCCAUGGUUAAAGAAUUAGUUCCAGAUCAAAAUUCUCUUGUAAGGAACAGAGGGAUCAUCCAGUUGGCAUUAGCUGCUGAAAUGGCCUUGAGUGAGCCCCAUAGUUCCAGAUGGGAUGCAUUUGUAAGUGCUGAGAGAAUACUAAAUGUUAAUUCACUAGACAACAGCCAAAACUUGUCAAGCCAAAUUCGAGAUCUAGUUAAUACUAGCAGUGCAAUGAGAUCUCAUGAAGAGUAUAACACGGAACCACAGGCUGGUCCUCUCUCUUUCCAAGAUGCUUUACUUCUGUCAAUAGUGGGAUAUAUUUUGGCAGGUGAAAAUUUUCCAACAUCUGGAUCUGGCAGUCCUUUUUCAUGGGAGGAAGAGCAUUUGCUGAAGGAAGCUAUUGUAGAUGUCAUUUUUCAAAAGCCAAAAAUGACAAAGUUGCAAUUCCUUCAUGGUUUGGCGAAGGACCUUGAAGCUAAUGCUAGAAAAGAAGAGCCUUCAAAGAAUGAGGAUGAUUUUGAUGAUAACUGGGGCAGCUGGGAUGAUGAAGAAAAUGAUCAACCGAAUGACAAAGCAUAUGGAGAUAUGCAGCUUAAACUAGAGCUGCGAGAUAGGGUGGAUCAGCUUUUCAAACUAUUUCACAAAUUAUCUGGAUUAAAGUGGAGAAGCCCGUCUUUAAUUGAAGGUCCGCUAACAUCCCCUUCUAGCUAUGGAAACGAUCCUUGUGCCAGGAAAGGAUUAAUAUAUAAGCUUCUAGCUACAGUAAUGGCCAAGUAUGACAUACCUGGGUUAGAAUACCACUCCUCGGCGGUAGGUCGUUUUUUCAAGAGUGGAUUUGGUAGGUUUGGCAUUGGGCAGGCAAAACCUUAUAUUGGAGACCAAAGUCUUCUUCUAAUUUUUGUUGUGGGAGGUAUUAAUUGUCUUGAGAUUCGUGAAGCUAUGGAAGCUAUUUCAGAAAGCAGUAGACCCGACAUGGAAUUGAUUAUUGGUGGUACAACUCUAUUAAUUCCAGAUGACAUGUAUGACUUAUUACUGGGAUCUUCUAGCUACAUUUAAUCCCAUUCGAUAGAGAAAUAACUCUUUUUCUACGCGUCAUUGAAGCUCAAUAACACGAGAAGCAGAAUUAUGUCUCAGUACAAUUGCAUUCUGGGAAGAGUGUUUUUGCGGAAGGAGUGGCCAUUAAGAUUAAUAUGUCGAUGAUAUUUGUCACAAAGUUCAUCCCUUAGUUAAUAUUAAUGAAAUUCAAAGAUUUUGGCCUUUGAUAGCUUAUCCAGUUGGACUGCUGAUUUCAUUUAUCUCAAGAUAGUCUAUCAUAUUGUAGAAGCUGUAUAUAAUUUUCUUGUAGUGAUUGUUGUAUAUCAUUAGGCCUUUCAAAUCCAUUGGAUAGGCAUAUUCUUUGAGUGCUUUUGAAGGAAGAUUAAAGGAAAUCUGUGUAAUGGCUUUUUUCUUGGAAAAUGACUAAAUUAUGGAAUUCUUUAAUGGAAACGGCUAUUUUUAACUUC